UCACACUGGGAACGAUUUGACUUAAGGGAGAGUCUGGAUAUGCCAGUCUAUCUCUAAAAAAGCAACAUGGCAGCGAAAGCACAACAGCAAGUUGACAUUUCUCAAUUACCGAUAAAUCAACUGAACCAGUUGGCACAGCAAGUCGAACAAGAAAUUGAGUUCUUUCAAACGUCGUUGACACAAUUGAAAUUAGCUCAAGGAAAGUUUGUGGAAUCUCAAGAAUGUAUGAACAAAGUUUCGCCUGAAAAUGUUGAUAAAGAAAUCCUUGUUCCCCUGACAAGCUCUAUGUAUGUACCAGGUCAGUUGAGCAGUGCUGAAAAUGUAUUAAUAGAAAUAGGAACUGGGUAUUAUGUAGAAAUGUCGGUAGAUAAAGGUAAAGAUUAUUUCAAGAGAAAGAUAGAAUACAUCUCUAAACAGAUGGAAAAAAUUCAACCAAUUUUACAGGAUAAAUACAAGAUGAAACAAGCCAUGGUAGAAAUUUUACAGAUGAAAGUUCAAGCACAGAUAGCAGCACAACAGGGUUCACAAGGUUCAGCACAACCUGCAAAAGCUUAAACAUUGCCGAUUAGAUCCAAUCUGUUUCAUAAAGUCAUCUUAUAUGAUAUGGGGAUAUCAGAGCCCAUACACCUGUUAACACUAUUUAAUUGUUUCAAGCUUAUAUAAUAAAUGAACUGGAAUAUAA